CAAUACAAUAUUUUUUAAAUCGGUUGUGGAAAUUUGAAAAUGAUACAUUUUCAAUGUUAGCAGUUUUUCUACUUGCAUUGUGUGUAGUUCGGUUUAUACAAUUUUAUAUGGAAUUAAAAGCGUUACCGCCUGGACCAUGGGGUGUACCAAUAUUGGGAUUAUUACCAACAUUAAGUGGUAUUCGUGCACCGUAUUUACAUUAUUUGGAAUUAAAACAAAAAUAUGGACCAUUAUUUUCAAUGAAAGUUGGAUCACAAUUACAUGUGAUUAUGACAGAUUAUAAAUUAAUACGGGAUACAUUUCGUAAAGAUGAAUUCAGUGGACGACCUCAAGGACCAUUUCAUGAUUUAUUAAGUGGAUAUGGAAUUAUCAAUAGUGAAGGAAAAUUAUGGAAAGAUCAACGUCGCUUUUUACAUAAUCGUUUCCGUAAUUUUGGAGUAACAUAUCUUGGAUCUGGAAAAAAUCAAAUUGAAAAACGUAUAAUGGGUGAAGUUGUGGAAUUUUUAAGUGUAUUAAAAAGUUUUGAAGGUGCACCAACUGAUCCCAGUCCAAUUUUAUCCGUGUGUAUCAGCAAUGUUAUCUGUGAAAUGAUGAUGUCUGUACGAUUUACACAUAAUGAUCCAAAAUUUUUACGCUUUAUGGGAUUAACACAAGAAGGUCUACAAUUAUGGGGAUCAAUGAACUAUGCUACAUGUAUACCAGUCUUACAAUAUUUCCCAAAAUUCCGUGUAAUUUUGAAGAAAUUAGGAGAAAAUCGUGAUGAAAUGAGUGCAUUUUUCCAAGAACAAUUAGAGGAACAUCGUCGUACAUUUGAUCCAGAAAAUAUUCGUGAUUUAAUUGAUACAUAUUUAUUGGAAAUUGAAAAGGCAAAAGAAAAUGGAACAGACUCAAAUUUAUUCGAGGGCAGAAAUCAUGAUCGUCAAAUUCGUCAAGUAAUUGCUGAUUUAUUUACGGCCGGUAUGGAAACAAUUAAGAAUACAUUGCAAUUUGCCAUCUUGUACAUGAUCCAUCAUCCAGAAUCAUUACGGGCUGUUCAAGAUGAAUUAGAUCAAAUUGUGGGUAGAAAUCGUUUACCAAAAUUGGAAGAUUUACCAUACUUACCAACAACCGAAUCCACUUUGUACGAAGUAAUGAGAAUUUCAAGUAUUGUACCAUUGGGCACUGAACAUUCUCCAAUACGUGAUGUUACCGUAAAUGGAUACCGUAUUCCACAAAACACACAUGUCCAUCCAUUUUUACAUGCUGUGCACAUGGAUCCCAAUUUAUGGGAUGAACCAGAACGUUUCAAUCCAUCCCGUUUCAUCAACUCAGCUGGUAAUUGUGUGAAACCUGAAUACUUUUUACCAUUCGGUGUAGGACGACGAAUGUGCUUAGGAGAUGUAUUAGCUCGUAUGGAAUUAUUCCUAUUUUUCUCAUCAAUGUUACAUACCUUUAAUAUUAGUGUUCCCGAAGGUGAAAAAUUACCAAGUUUAAAACCAAAUAGUGGUAUUACACUAUUUCCUGAAGCAUUUAAAGUAUGUUUUAAACCACGAUCACUUAAUACAGAUACUGUUCAUCCAAGACAGGAGAAAAAUAUUGGUGUUCACUAAAUAUGUAAAACCAAAAUUUUUCUUUUUAC